UUCAAUUAAUCUCCCCUUAUCAUGGCGGCCGUGAAAUUGCACGGAUCUUGGCUAAGUCCGUUCACUUUCAGAGUAAUUUGUGCUCUGAAACUCAAAGGCAUAUCUUACGAAUACAUCGACGAAGAUCUCUCCGAUAAGAGUCCUUUACUUCUUCAGUAUAAUCCGAUUCACAAGAAAGUUCCGGUGCUCGUUCACGACGGAAAACCCAUUUGCGAGUCCACCGUCAUCCUCCGGUAUAUCGAUGAAAUUUGGCCGCACAAUCCCUUGUUGCCGACUGAUCCCUACGAGAAAGCACGUGCUCUGUUUUGGAUUAAAUUCGCUGAUGAUAUGGGUCCUUCAAUCGGAAGGCUUUUCCGAACCGACGGCGAAGAACAGGAGCAGGCUGCGAAGGAGUGCUCGAAAGUGUUGGAAACCAUCGAGGAACACGGGCUGAUCGAAGGCAAGAAAUUCUUCGGAGGAGACGAGAUAAGCAUGGUGGACAUUGCAUUUUGCUCGGUCGCUCACUGGCUUGGAGUCAUCGAAGAAUUUUCAGGGCUUAAAGUACUUGAACCACACAAGCUCCCUAAACUGAGCUCGUGGAUCCAAAAUUUCAAAUCAGUCCCUUUGAUCAAAGAAAACUUGCCUGAUCGUGCUAAGAUGAUUGCUAUGUUAAAGCGUCGGAGAGAGGAGAUGUUAGCAUCAAAAUCGGACUAAGGACCAGGAACAUUGCAUGUAUGUGUUAAAAUGUUUCUGGUAAUAAACAAAGAGUUAAUUGCA